AUGGGGUGGCGUCAUUACCUUGUUCUACUCUGUUCACUGGUUUCCCUUUCAGUCGGAAAACCAGGUCUCGCGUUGGAAAAGGCCGCACUUCUGCCAUUCAAAGCAGCCGUCGGUAGAUACAUCUCAUGGAACCAAAGUGCUAACCCAUGUACAUGGCAAGGAAUAGAGUGCGAGAAUAACAAUUCCAUCAUCACCAUUCGCCUCCCUGGUUACUUCCUUUCCGGUGAAAUUCCGAUGGGUAUCUUCGGAAACCUUACACACCUCCGAACCCUUAGCUUACGUAUCAACUCACUCUCCGCUCAGCUUCCGUUGGAUCUCGCCUCUUGUACUGAACUCUGCAAUCUAUACUUGCAGCGUAAACAGUUCUCCAGCGAGAUCCCGGAGUUUUUAUUCGGUCUAUAUAAUCUCGUUCGUCCUAAUCUUGCUAAUAACAACUUCUCUGGCGAGAUCUCGUCUGAGUUCAACAACCUAACCAGGUUGGGAACUCUCUAUUUGGAAUACAAUCAACUCACUGGUUCGAUUCCUGAUCUACCGAAGCUUGUGAGUCUUUAUCAGUUUAAUGUUUCGUAUAAUCACUUGAACUGUUCAAUUCCGUCGAGUCUGAGUACCAAGAAUGCUAGUUCAUUCCUCCGGAAUUCCCUCUGUGGAGGACCACUCCUUGCAUGCCCUGGUGGGGCAUCGCCGCCGACGAGUAGCUUUGAUGGUGGUGGUAAUGGAAAGAAGAAAUUGUCUCGAAGAGCAAUUGCAGUUUGGAGGUCAAAACUUCAAAUGGUGGAGGCAAAUGAUGUUGUUUACAUUAGGCCAAACUGGGGUGGUAUUUGCCUUGACUGA